CCUUGCACAGAGCUCCAGAAAACUGUGAAAGAGCCUUCAGCAUAAACAAAUCCAGAACUCUCCCAGGACAAGUCAUUUUCCAACGGAAGGAGAGGCCUGGGGUUUAUGGUUUCGCUCAGAGCUAGAGGUGGAAACUUUCGGGGAGAACAAGACAGCCCAGGCAUCAGUGGAUGUCACCACAGCACAGCAAGACAGCCUGAUGAGCAGGCACAGAUGUGCUGGGUCUCACAGCUGCACAGCUCAGGCCUCCAGGACAAGCUGCUGACAAAGACUCAACACCUGUCCCCUCUCUGCCUUAGGAUGGAUGAGGAGUCAUCAGAUGGGCUGCUCUUCAAAGACCACAACUUCUGCUCCGACCUGUUGAGGCAGCUCAAUGGCUUAAGACAAAGCAGGAUCCUGACCGAUGUGUGUGUGUGUGCAGGCAGCUGGGAGGUUCCCUGCCAUCGCAACGUGCUAGCCUCCAGCAGCCCCUACUUCCGGGCCAUGUUCUGCAGCAACUUCCGGGAGAGUGGUGAGGCCAAGGUGCAGCUGAAAGGCAUUACCUCGCUGGCCCUAGAACAGGUGGUAGCCUACGUGUACACCGGGGAGGCACACAUCGCAGCUGGGAACGUCCUCCCCCUGAUGGAGGCAGCCUCCAUGCUGCAGUACCCCAGGCUCUUCGAGGCCUGCUCCUCAUACCUUCAGGACCAGCUGGCCCCCAGCAACUGCCUGGCCAUGAUCAGACUCUCAGAAGUGCUAAGCUGUGAGAGCCUCAAGAGGAAAGCCAGGGAGGUGGCCCUGACCUGCUUCCCAGAGGUGGCCGCAUCAGCUGACCUGAAGGAGCUGUGUGUUCUGGAGCUGAGAGACUACUUGGGAGAUGAUGGCCUCUGUGGGGAGGAGGAGAAGGUCUUUGAGGCCCUCAUGGCUUGGGUCCGACAUGACCUCCAGGCCCGGAAGUGCUACCUGAAGGACCUAUUGCAGCAGGUCCGGCUUCAGUACAUCCACCCAGCCUUCUUCCAUCACUUCAUGGCCGGCGACACCCUCCUUCAGUCCUCACCCGCAUGCCAGGCCUUCCUGGAGGCAGCCAGGAGGCAGGUUUUCUCUGUGUGUGGCGCCAGUGCCCCAGACUGCAGACCCUUGUGGCACGUCCCUCCAAGGAGCUCUUACCAAGACUUCCUCAUCCUCGUGGGUGGGAGGAAGGACAGUCAGCAGACCACCAGGGAUGUGCUGCUCUAUAGUACCCAGACGGGUGAAUGGCAGAGCCUGGCACAGCUCCCCGCCCGGCUGUACAAGGCCUCAGCAGUGACCCUGCACCGCAGCAUCUAUGUGUUGGGCGGCAUGUCUGUCGGCACAGGCCGGUGUCCGGUCAGUCACAGUGUCUACAUCUUCUCCAUGAAGCUCAGCGAGUGGCGCGUGGGAGAGCCCAUGCUGGCAGCCCGGUACUCCCACAGGAGCACCACCCACAAGAACUUUAUCUUCGCCAUCGGGGGCCUAGGGGCCGGACAGGAGCUCCUGGGCUCCAUGGAGAGGUAUGACAGUGUCCACAACAUCUGGGAGAGUAUGGCCAGCAUGCCCGUUGGGGUUCUGCACCCUGCAGUCGCCGUGAAGGACCAAAGGCUCUACCUUUUUGGGGGAGAGGACAUCAUGCAGAACCCCGUGCGCCUUAUCCAGGUUUACCACAUCUCCAGAAACACGUGGUUCCAGAUGGAGACAAGGAUGGUCAAGAAUGUGUGUGGCCCCGCGGUCCUGCUCGGGGAGUGGAUUGUCGUUGUGGGAGGUUACACACGCAGGAUCCUUGCUUAUGACCCUCAGUCCAACAAAUUUGUCAAAUGUGCGGACAUGAAAGACCGGAGGAUGCACCACGGGGCCACGGUGAUAGGGAACAAGCUGUAUGUGACGGGCGGGCGACGACUGACCGCGGACUGUAGCAUCGAGGACUCAGCCUCCUUUGACUGCUAUGACCCCGAGACGGACACCUGGAUGCCACAGGGCCAGCUGCCUCACACCCUCUUUGACCACGCCUGCCUGACUCUCCAGUGUGUACCCUCCAUGUCCGCCCACUCGUGAGGGCCACAAGACUCGUCUCAGUCCGAGUGCUUCCUGUGGCGACCACAGAAACUCGGCUCCAGAGAAGAGGCAGGGAUGCUCGCAGGCUGGAGGUGCCAGGGAUCCUGCGGCCCUGACUCUCCCCCAUCCUCCCCUCUCCCUACCUCAUCUCCAGCAGGCUUCAUCCUGCCGCGGAGCUCCUUUACCUGUAGCAUGU